UCUCUAGUUCAUAUUAUACAGAACAUAGAUAGGACACAUACUAAUCCUAAUUAUUUUUUAGUUUCGAAGCCAACUAAUAAAAUUUCUGUCUAUCACAAAAAAAUUCCGAAACAUUUUUCAGUAUCUCUACUCCAACACAGAGAUACUUUGAAGACUGAAUCGAAAUUAUUUGAUGCAGAUAAAAAUCAAAGACUUCGUAAAUUUAAUAAAAAUAUCAAACAUACCAUAAAAAGUUUUUCUUAUGAGUCAAUUAAAAAUUUUACUAUUUCAGAAGUCAAAGAAAAUAUUGCUUUAGAAUCAACAUCGAACUCUAUUAUAUUACAUCCAAAGCGCUCGGCCCGAGUAAUUCAACUAUUUAUAAAAAUUAUGACUAUAAAUAAAAUUCAUCAAAAAACAUCUUUAAAGUCUCUAGUAAAUGAGCACACUGGUAAUUCUCCCUUACAAAAAUCAUUAGUAUCUAGUGACAUUUGUGUUUAUCAUAGGAAAGUAUUACAACUGUUAAUUGUAAAUAAUUUAACAAAUGAUGUUUCGAAAUCAAAAAUUAAUUCUUACGAAUUUAAAAAUCAAUUGAAUAUCAAGCAUGUAGGUAAUAUUUGUAAUUCCUUAUCUAAAUCGUUUCCUCACUAUACUCCUUAUUAUAAACUAUCAGUUUACAAUUUAUCCAAAAAUUCAAAAAAAAAACCAAAAUGUAACUCGGGAACUUGUAGUUAUUUUCCUAUCCCAGUGUAUACAACUCUUACGGUUAUUAGUUUUCAUUGUCCCAACCCAAAAAUACGAUUUUUAUGGUGGCGAAAUAAAAUUUCGUGAAGGCAUGAGCUAUAAGAAAAAAAUGAUUAUGAAUAUCAAUAAUUAUUCGAAACAAAUGGUGCUACUUAAAUUUGUUUAUAAGUAGUGAUUUCUAAUUCAUUACUAUUGAUCCGUAGCACUAAGUUAAUUUUUAUUCAUCAUUAGCUUUGUGUUCCUGAUUUAAGCCGAGCGAUUACUAUCUACUCAUGAUUGCGGAUAGUUAAUAAAAUUAAUUUCCGUUACGGAUAAACCUGUCAUAGUGUCAAACGGCAAAGGAAGUUUCUUUGAGUUAUUUACGAGUUUCACGAUCGUCUUAGAAUAUUUUCUACUAAGCCUCAAAAAGACGAAAUAAAUUUUGAAGACAGAGGAAUUAUGUUUACAAUAUUUUUGCUUUAUUUUAAGUUUAUUGUUGUUAUAUUACGAUUUAUUUACUUAUUUAGAGCUUUCAAUGAAACAACAGAAUGAUUCAAUAGCUUGUCUGAUUAUAACUAGUUGUAAAAAGUUUAAAAUUUAAAACAGUAAUCAUUUCAUAUCAAAAAAACAAAUGGAAGUGAUAACUAUAAUAUAAACUCAGGAAAAUUUUUUUAUAUAACAUUCUUCAUCUGUUCGAAAAAGUCUCUUGCAGAUUCGAAUUACGGUAAAUUACCAUAAUUUACCGCAUUUAGCUGUAAAUUACUGUAAAAUACAGCAAUUCUACGGCAAAUUUGCCGAAUUUUACUGUAACUUACGGCAAUUUACAGUAAUUUGCGGGAUUUUUACCGUAGGUUCCGUAUACUUUUUUAUUUUUGCAGUUAUUACAGUGUAAUACCUUGCUGUAUACAUCACAGGCCACAAUUUAACGGUAAAUUACCGUUCUUUUACAGCAAAUUUACGUUAAAAGUACUGUACUUGUGCCGUGUAUUGUCGUACGUUUACCGUAGAGUACCGUAUCCCACGAUAAAUUACCGCAUUUUACAGUAAAUUAACGUAUGUUACCGUAAUUUACCGUAGUUCGUAUUCGCCAGGGGUGGCUAUAAGAUACUUCCAAAAUGUCUACUAUAGUAAAAGUUGCAAUAAUGAUUGUAGUUAUAGAUUUUAAUCAACUUUAACUUAAAGAACCGAACAUUAAAAAAAAAAAUAUCUUGUAUUGAUCUGAUGGUUAUAUUGUCUGCAAUAAUCAUAUUCUUAUAAAAGUAUGCUAAUUCUUCUCAAGAAAUUAACAAAAAAUGAUUUUUGAUGUAAAUAGACUAUAUCAGACUUGAAAAAUAUCUAUUUUUCAAACAAUUUACUCUUAUUGUACAUUCAUGAGUGUGCGAUUAUAAAAGGGUUUUUAAGGGAAGCUCUAGUAAGUAAAAUAAUAUAAUUCGGAAGUUCCAAAAAACUUACGUAAUAACUAUAAAUUUAAUAACAUAGUUACAAAAGAAUAUAAAAUGCUAAUUUUUUAAAUUUUGCUUGUCAAG